AACAGAAUCCAAAAAUUAUUGGCUUCCGAGUAUUCUGACUUCGUCGAUGUGGUCCUCGUGGAAUCUCCGUUUGCCGAAACCAGCAGAAACGGACGUGGAAUUCGACAAGUUUGCCUUGGCCUCACGCCGUCCAAGCUAAUCGUGGCUGCCGACGUGUUGAAACGAAACCCGGAGUUCUUCUGUCCACGUGCUCUUGAUCCUAGCAUCGAGAGCUUCGAGCUAAUCUCCCUGUAUCCUUUGCGAUGCGUUAACCUGAGCGUGUUCAACAGAAGACAUCGCAAAACCUUGAAGGCAAGAUUUAUCGAUGGAAGAGUAAGCUAUUACGAGCUAGGCGGUCUACACGGGAGAAACGUUUUUUGGAAGAAAUGGUGCGAGCAGGUGGAAAGUUUACUCGCGAGUAGGAUGAACGGAAGCUCGUUGUCGGAAACAACCGCUGCAAGUUCAUCCAGCAGUUCUACAUUGUACGUUCUUUCCUCGGAAAUCGAGAUUAGAAAGGAUCCUAAGAAGAAUGGGAAGAGAGCAGUGUGCAGAAUAUGGACACACUAUGGAGGAGCCGGCGAUUAUGCACCACCAACAUGGCGUCAAAAGGACUUAUACCUUGGACCAUCGUACAGCGAGUUAGUGGACGGUCGAUACACCCCGAUUCCUAUAAGAUUCGCUGGUGCCAGCUUGAAAGAGAUCAAGGCCGAACUGCAAGACUUCUCUCCGAACAGGAUCGAGAAAGGCAGUCGUAGCUGGCCUACGUGUCGCUGUUUCAAAGACAAGCACAAGAACAAUGGCCUCUGCGACGUACUCUUCAUCAGAGGCCACAAUUGCAAAUACUACAAUACGAGCAAGUUCUACGCAACCUGUCAAACUUGCCCUCGCAAUCAUUUGCAAGCCAAGAUCUUCGAGGAUAGAGUCAGCGAGAAACGGAACGUAUGGUACAAGGAAGAUACGUUGGAUGAAACCUUAGCGAAAAAGGAAUCUCACGAUGAGUCGAGAAAUCCUAAGAAAUGUCUAACGCGAAGAAUAUCUCGAUUCGGAUUUGGGGUGCCGGAAAAGUGCCAUUCGGGCCUGGUCCUCGGUCCAAUUCACAGCGAACGCGAUUGCUUUCCUCUAAAGCCGAGUACUAAACACGUGCAGAACUUUUACGUCCUCAUGGAGAACGGUGUGAAAAUUUGGGAAGGCAAAGGCAAAGGUCGAAGCAAGUCUACGAGACACUCCAGACACUUCAGGAGAUACGGUCUGUGCACAGCGCCACAUUUCCUGUACGCCCUUGGUCCCUGGUCGGUGCAGCCUGGAGAACGAAACACUUUUCGAGGUCGAAGAUCCUUCAGUUUGGUUACUAUUCGUCGUCAGCCUACCGAUUCCGAGCUGAAACUUCCUGUUUCGCGUCGACAAUUGUCUGCUAGUAUUUCCUACACUGCCCUCCAAUCAGGUAGGUUUGGGUCGAUCGGAACCACUGCGAAAGGACGACUCGUGUUAUUCUGGACACCGGAAUACUGGUAUAGACCCAGACCUGCUUGCGCCGCAUACAGGGAGCUGAGGCGACACUUGAACCAUCUGAGGAACUUCCGUCAAGAGAAGGAACAACCGACUAAACGAAAGCUGUUCUCCAGAAGAAAAAGGUGCCAAUGCGAAGAAGAUUCUAUCAUCGCUCCCGAGGAGAAACCUAGCUUUUUAGAACGAAUCUUUUCUGCGAACAGAUCUUGCAAGAAAAAAAAGAAAUUCGAAAACCAGGAGAACAGUACAACUCUUCAGUUGAGGAGAUUGUUGAGAAUGGAUUUCAGGAUAACGAUCUGGGACAUAAACAGUAAUAUCCUGGCGAUGCAGCUGACGCUCAUCGAUCGCGAUCUCUUCGCCCGAAUUCCUGCAGAGGAGAUCGAGAUUCUGGUCUUUCAGAGGAGCUCCAGAAACGCGCCUAAUUUGGCAGCGUGGAUAGCAUUCAGCCAUCGAGUUUCUUGUCUAAUUGCGAGCGAAAUUUUGUCCAUAAAAAGAUUAGCCAUGAGGAGUAGAAUUAUCGCGAGACUCAUAAACGCGGCCAGAAAGUGCUUCGCCAUGGGGAACUUUCAUUCGUGCAGAUCGAUCUUGUCAGGUUUGCAGGUGCCUCCGAUUUUCAGGCUGCGGAAUACCUGGGACUACCUGCGUAUUCACCAUGCUAAUAGAUACGAAGUCAUGGAAAAACUCUGCAAGGUAUACAAAAGUCCGUGUACUUUGGGGUAUCAACGUGCUUGGACUAAAGUUGAAAGGAGUUCCUCUUGUAUACCACACGUGGCUGACCUUUUGCUGAGACUUUUGAGUCUAAAUUAUCCGGAACACCCUCGACAAAGCAAUGAUAUCCGUACGAAUGAUAAACCAAAGCGUACGAAGGGUUUAACUGCAGAGUCUAUUAACAUAAAGAAGGAUAUGUCACUGAAAGAUAAUGAAAACUUAGGACAAAAUCAAAGUUCUAGUAAAGGUAUUCUUACUUCUGUCUUAACCAGGAUAAAAUUCAAAAGGAACACAGAUAGGAAAACAAUUUACGAGGAGAAAACGGACUCAACGUGGACGGUGAGGGAACAGGACUUGGCGUGGAAAUAUUUUUAUCGUUGGUACAACGCUAUCUUAAAGAGCAAGGUUCUCCGCAAAGAGCAGGAAAGGUUGAGGGAUAUGGAUCCAAGGAUGAAACACGUCCUCGAGGUCGUGAGCUGGUUGACGGAUUGUCAGAAACGGGCUCAAGGAUACGAGUUUCCCGUGCACUCGUUCACCAAGGAAUUCUUAUUGAAGACUCGGUACAGGGAGGAUCGGGAAAACUUUCUCAUCAGUUUGAAAGUGGAACCCUCGAUGAUAACUUGA